GGCAGUUAGCACGCGUUUUUGUCUCGUUGUCUCAUUAAAUUAUCUCACUCUAUGUCUUCACAACGUAGAUAUAAACAGAUUGUUCACAUAUUCAUAUGGCAUACAGUAUGAUAGUAUAUGCUGCACGGUUCGAAUAGAUAUUAUCAGCCUUAUGUUCUCUAUCACGAACUUUUUUCCUUGCGUGAGCACGAUAUCCUGGUUCAGAAUGUGAAUUUUACUUUUACUACAAUUUCCUUUUUAUCGUUCUAAGCUCUUCGUAGUAUUAUUACUGUUUUAUAUUCGCGGAGUGAUGCAUACUCUAUUGCUUGUGUUGUAAGGCGAGUUCAGUGCAUGUGUGCGUCAUUUAUAAUUAAUCGGCAACAACAGAAACAAAGAUAAUAAUAGCAGUAACAGCAACAACAGGACGAAAAAGGGAAAACAUUUUUCCCUACCAAAAGCGUGAGCCCUUUCCCGUUCACGAUUCGAACGAGCCGUGAGCCGAAUAGUCGGCGAACAAUCCACGACUGCUGCUGGGGCUGGUGCGUGUCUGGCUGUGCAAGUGUGAGUGAAUUUACGAUACGGUGUGGUGUUGCGACGCGGGCAUUUUUUUUUUGAUCGAGAACAGGCAAAGUGUGAUGGCUUUUGGUGUGCGAAAUUGUGCAGUGCCGGAAAUCUAGUGUGAAUCAAUCGAAAGCAAAAGUGUAUAGUUACGACGACGCGUGCAGUGCGCUAUGCUACUGGUGUGGAGCCUUGCUUGCACGUUGCUCUCUAGUUUCGCUGGAUAUUGGAUUUAGAUUAUCUGCAGCCAUAGAUGCAAGGGCCGUAAAUCGAAACCUUGAAACUGUCAAUUUUUGCUGCGGCAAAUCUCGUUGGCUUUUAUCAGCCGCUUAUUAACGUGGCGGAGAAAACACUGCAACACUACAACGGCGAAAAGAACUGGAUCAUAAACAAAGCGCAGAGUGCUUUAUCCGCUAUCGGCUACCAUAGUGAUACCACAUUCAGUAAGCCACACAAAUACACAUUCACUGACCUACGGUUUCCCCCGUUGCGAGAAGGGGUGGCGCGGUGUGUGUCUGGAAAAGGUGGAAGUACUCUACUAGCGAAGAAGAAGAAGAAGAAGCGAAACCUGCCCGAUCCCGGGAGACCUGAAGAGGAAGAACUACUCCCGUCCAAGACGAUGAGAAUACCGGCGCACACACAACGAAAGGAGUUGUUAUUUGAGUGAUUUCUUAACAAUUUUAUCUAUCAACCAGUUUGGGAUAUCGUGAUUUUGUUGUUGUUGUUGUUGUAGUUGGUGAUUUGAGUUUGUUUUUUUUACGGUGUGGCCAACGGCAGAUUUAAAAGUGUUGUUUGUUUGUACAGCUUAGAACCAGGCUCCAGUGCGCGGUUAGAUGCCGGUCGGUGAAAUAUGCCCCCAUUGUCCGAUGUCAUCGGCUGAAUGUGUUUAAUGUUACUGGAAAACCAACCCGUUCGGUUCCUUUUUGUUGUGAGGAAGAAAGUGAUUAUUGAUAGUUGUGUUUCCCUACUGCCAUCGAAAGUUGCCUGAAUUGUGUGCGAGAUCGAGCAACCCUUUUGCGCCAACACAGAAAGGGUUGACCCUGUGCGAUUCAAGCAGAUACGCCCAAUAUCUCGACAAAAUAGAAGAAUAAAAUCGAUCCACUAUGUGUAAUGUACCGCCCAAGUUUUACAAAUUGUGCCGCCUGUGCUUGUCCAGUAUCACCGACUGUGAGUUGAACGAGUCCACCGUGUUGGUUGGUGGCCGGCAACAGCAGCAGCAGCAGCACGAAAAAGGCUCCCGAAAGCGCCAACAGAAUGGUUCCACCGCUUCGGGCAGCUCGCUGUUGGACCAUCAGAAUUCAGCCACCGGCGAAGCCGACGGUGAUGGUGGUGGUGGUGGUGGCGUUGGGGGUAGUUUUGGUGAUGUUUUGAAAAACCAGCAGCACAUGCGUCACCACAACAGUGGAACCGGCGGGGCCGGAAGUGGUGCCGGCGUGGCCAGUAGUAGCGGCAGCAGUAGUAGCAGCUCAAGUUCUAGCUCCAGUUCGAGCUCCAGUAACAGUAGCUCCAGCGAUGACGAUGAUGCCACCGCUGACGACGAUUACGACGAUGACGAUGAUUUCUUCGACGGGGCCGACGACGACAACGUGGACCUGGCCAAGCGGAUACGGACGUGUCUAGCUAUCAAGAUCACCCCGAAAGAUGGUCUUCCCGCAGUGGUGUGCGGUUCCUGCCGGGAUCAGCUGGAGACCUGCCACCGGUUCCGACGAGUGGCGCACAAGACGCAAAAGUCGCUCCAGAGCUUCCUCAGCUACGCCGCCAAACUGAACGGAAGUGCACAGGAAAUUCUCUCGCAAUCGUCCGAGAAGCUGGAACACCUGAUCGCCUCCUCACCCGCCUCGUUAGCCGCGAAAGCUUCCGCCGAGCAGGAUGCGAUAGCAGCGUUGCAAGCCCUACGCAACAAUAACAAUCAUACAAAAUCAGUUACCUCAGUACUUAGUAAAACGCAUCUACAAAACCUGGAAGCAAAUUCAGUAUCUGUGAUCCCGAUUGAGAGCAUGAAAAUUUCGUCCUCCAAUCAGCAGCAGCAGCAGCACCACCACCACCACCAGCAGCCGUCGAUAAUUCACCAAACGAUACACCUGCAUCCGACUCAGCUCCAGCAGCAGCAUCAACCAAAACAGCCACUGAUACAGGUCAAGAACCUGACCCAGCUCCAGCAGGAACAUCUCGAAACCGCAGCGGUAUUAAUGGACAUUAGUAAAAAAGUGAUAAUCUCGCCACCCAGCUCGAAUCCCCAGUCGCCCAGUUUGAUUGCCGAACAGCAGCAGCAACAGCAACAGCAGAAGCAGCAACAACUGCAGCAAUCGCAUCAGUAUCAAACCAUCAACAAUAACAAUCAGCCACAACUACAAAGUAUUAAAUCGUCUGUGAUAAAGCCUCACGAGUUUCUUCUGAAUAACCUGAAACGAUCGCCCAGCAGCGAAGAGAUGGACCUCACGAUGAAACGCCUGAAGGUGGAACCGAACAUCCUUUCGCCAACGCUGCCCGCCACGACCCUGGUCAAGAAGAACGUAAUCAAACGCGAAAGCCUGCCGGAGAUAAUCGGUGACGAUCAAACGAGCCAGCACAGUGACAGUGCCGACAGUAGCGACUCGGGGCGGCUUCAGAUGGACAUUUCCUCCCAGGAUGCCGGCUCGGAAUGUACGACGGAUGAGAUCAAACGGUCGAACAACAACAAUAAUAACAACAAUCACCACCACCAUCAUCAUCAUCAUCACCACCACAACCAGAGCAAUCAAAUUGAUCACCUCGGGCGAGAAACGCCGGACAGCUUGAACUCGGUUGAAGAACAGCAACAUCUGCAGCAGGUACAGGUUCAUCUCGGACAGCAGUUUGGCGCGUUGGCGGAUGGUACGGAUCCGGCGACAACCCAGCUAUGGCAGGCUCUGGCGCAAAACACAAAUCUCAUAAAUGGUGCUGGCAACGAAGCAACUCAACUCCUCCGCAAGAUGAUCAAUGCACGAGCACUUGGCCUUCAAUUCUCGCCGUCCAUUCAAAUCACCCCCGGAGUGUCACUGAUGAAGGCCGAGGCUAAUCGUAGCAGCGCUCAAGGUCGCCGCAAACAAUCUUGCCCAAGUCGGACACCAGUGGAAGGUAAUUCUCCAAACACUACGAUGGAAGCCCUCAAGCUGACCACUUCGGGUAAGGCUGGUGGUGCAAUGACUGUAGUUACUAGUAACAGCAGCAGUAGUCCGGUUCAUCUGGAUACUGCCAGUCACAUGAACCGUGCCAACUCGACCAACAUUUUGUUUCGAACGAAAUCGGAUGCCUCACCCCAGGGAGGUCUCAUGCCGAGUUCAAUCGACCAGAGCAGUGGUGUUGCUAGUCCUCAGCUACUAACUGGCAAAAACACCGCAGCGGCCGCUCAACUGGCGGCUCAACAGUUAGCACAGCAAUCACAGGCCCAACAGCAACAACAGGGACAGCAAGCUCCAAACCAGCAGCAGAACUCCCAACAGAAGGAUAUGUCUUGCACGAACUGCGGAACUACGACGACGACCAUUUGGCGAAGGAACAUCCGUGGCGAGAUGGUUUGCAAUGCCUGCGGGUUGUACUUCAAAUUGCACGGCGUAAACCGACCGCACACCAUGCGGAGAGAUACCAUUCAUACGCGACGACGUCGUCCGAAGGGGGAUAAAUCGACACGAAGGAAAUCCAUCAAGCAAGAAAGCAGCGAACCAAUGGACAACGGAGUUGUAGAAGGAGCGGCUGAUCUGCAGGCUCUCCAGAAUCACAACCUAUUGAUUGCUUUACGGGAUGCUGCUCGUGCGACACCACCCAAUUUCCCAAUGCCACCUGCCUUCCAGCACUACCUGCGGGUAACGCAGAACUUUGACCCGACGGUGGCCGAUAUGGAGCCAGGUGACGAUAGCGGUCCCGAGAAUGACAUUGACUCGUGCAACUUACCGUUGAACCUGGUCGCAACCCAGCUCGGUAGCGACUCGUCGCAGCACUGACUGCGUCGGAAGCCCGUGAAGGUUAGCUAGGGCAAGCGAAAGCCGCCGGCGAGAAAACGCCGCCGGAGAAAGAAAGGCAAGAGCAAAAGCAAUAGGAACAAUCAUCAUCAGCCCUAAGGGAAUCUGGUCCCAAACUAAUACAAUCUUCCUCGAGAUUUUUCUUAUUAUUUCAAUUGCGGUGAUGUAGUGCACCCGACGAUGCUACCAGCUACUACUACAACUAAUGUUAAUCUACUACAGCUAUGGUUUCUAUCAGUACUUCAAUUUCUAUAACUAAAAAAGCAAACCAGUAAUCCAAACAGCAAGCGAAGCCGUAAUGACACAUACUAAGAUGCGAUAGAGAGAACCAAACACGGCACGAGCAUCUCUACAAUCCUAUCAAAUUUGGACUUAAUAGAGACAGAAAAGCAAGAAAUUCUAUUUCUCUAAGAACUUAGUGUUUUUUUCUAACAAAAAACACGAAUACUCAAUAUAAAAGAACAAAACAAUCGCUACUCAAGUUAAGGCGCACUAGUGAUUGGACGGCAAAGGAAAUACUCUUAGUUUUUUACAUAUGAAUAAUGAAUGGAUCUUAUGACAAAGAUCGCUAGAACCGUAGCGAAGGUUGACUAAACCUUCACCUAUUAGAGCAGCUACAAGCAUGAAACAUCCUAAAGCAAUAAAAAAUACCGGCGAAAAGAAAUAUUAAAGACAGUUUCUAGAACAGUACAGUUAUAUCGCUUUAAACCGAGGCAGAGCACUGAUAAUAUUCGCCGAAUAUUUGCAUGAUAUUACUGAUAAAAUUGUACGUAUGCGACAACAAAUGAAAAAAUAAUCAAACGUUGAACCGACAGUUUUUAGAUUUUUCAAACACGUACGAGACAAAUAGUUUCAGCUUCGAUUGCAGAAAUCAAAAUUUUAAAUUUUGACGUUGAACAUUUUCAGAAGUAUUAUUUUUAACCGAUUAUCGUUGUGAAUUCAUGAAAACAUAAACUUUGCCUAAACAUUACACAAAAUAAUUCAAACACUGGAAGAACAGAACACAAAACGGAAAAUAUGUGAUAAACAUUGUUGGUUGAUAUUCUUAAAAGUUGCUAAAAGGAGAAACGAAAAGCAGUUAAAAUUAGACUUCUAGUGAAGUCGGUAAGCACAGAGAGUAAGGUAAUAAAUCAAAAUUAAUUUGUAGAGAUGCAAAGAAGAAAAAGAAGUACAGCCAAACACAACUGUUUAAA